GCUAAGAAAAUCAUUACACAUUAGUUUUUGUAGUUUUAUUUUUAAUAGUAAGCAAAUGAGCCCACAGUCCACCUGGUGGUCACUGUAGCUUAUGGAGACCAAAAAUUCGGGGAAAAUUUCUCCUGCCCGCUGCAUAAUGAGCUUAGUUAAUGUCAUAGAACUGUACUGUUUCCUAUUGAUCUUUUUAUUAUUACAAAUUCCACUUGACGCAUUAUAUUUUGCUUCUCAUAAUACAAAUUUUUGAGGUACCUCAGUCUCGUACUGAACGGUCGUUGAGCUUCCGCGCUCACUUUGAAAGAUUAGGUCCCGGACUGAUGGCGGCCGCCGGCUCGCUGAGUCGGCUGUUGCCGAACGUCGGGGACCCCGACAUGGUGGUGCGCCGCCUCUACACGGGGGCGGUGCGGUCGAUGGCACUGUACGAGGCUCCCGUGUGGUGCCACGCCCUGGCCCGGGACAAUGUUGCGGUGUUGCGACAUCCGCAGCGCGCGAUUGCGGUCAGGGCGGUUCGCGGAUACCGCACCGUCUCGUUAGAGGCAGGCGUGCUCGCUGAGACGCCUCCCUGGGAUCUGUAGGCGGAGGCGUCUGCU